AACACGAAACAGAACACAGAGAAAGAACACAAAAUACAGCAGCUAAACAGAGAGAAAAAAGAAAAAGAUAAUUGAUUGGAGGGUAGGAGAGUAUAUUAAUGCAGAGACAGAGAGGACAGAUUCAAGUGCUUAGUCACGCAGCUGUCAAUUCGAUAUUACAAAACCCACCCUCUUCACUAUCUUCCUUUGUAGACAGCAAAUUAGAGUUUGCAGUUGUCGGAUCUCUCUCUCUCUUUUCUCUCUUUAUCUUGCCCUUACCUUUUCAUAAUUUAACCAAACCAAACCUAAGACCCAACCCAAACCAAUUCAUUUGUUGUCAAGAAACUUACCAAAGUAAUAACAACAAUAGAAGCUCCAUAUCUAUCAUUUUCUUUGUCUCUCAAAUCUCUUCUGCAAUGAUUAUUUUGUGUUGAUACAUGGAAAUAGAGGCAGGCAAAUAGAGCAGAACAAGCAGAGACAGUAUAAUGAAGAAUAAGAGAAUAUAUAGAACAAGAGAAGAUACUGUUAUGAGCAGUGAUCAUAUAUCAAGAAAACCAGUGGUUCAUGCAUAAAUAACGACAUUAUACAUACCCAUUUUUCAAUCUUUGAUGAUUUGCAUGCCAUGGCUUAUCGAUCUCAGUUUGGCGACACUACGUUUACUAAAGUGUUUGUUGGAGGAUUAGCUUGGGAAUCUCCUACUGAAGAAAUGCGUAAAUACUUUGAGCAGUUUGGAGAGAUUCUUGAAGCUGUUAUAAUCUCUGAUAAGAAUACUGGAAAAUCUAAAGGAUAUGGAUUUGUUACUUUCCGUGAUCCUGAAUCGGCUAGAAGGGCUUGUGUUAAUCCAAAUCCUGUUAUUGAUGGAAGACGAGCAAAUUGCAAUAUUGCUUCUCUUGGACGACCUAGACCUUCGCCUCCUCGAGGAAGACCACAAGGUGGCACUCCUUACCAAGGAAGCCCAUCAUACAGUGUAGUGGCAGCACCCUUGCCUCAUCCUCCGCCUCCUCCUCCUCCUCCGCCGCCACCACCACCAGCACCUCCAGUUAUUUAUCCACAUUACGGGUAUCCACCCUAUACUCCUGACUACGGGUACCACCAGGCUGCCAUCUAUAACACGCAAGUUCAACAGCCUCAAUACUAUCAUCAAGUGCUGGGAUCAUCAGCAUCAUCGACAAUGGGCUCACCUUACUAUUAUCAUGGCUAUUCUUUGCAACCUGUGAGGGGAGCACUUUCUGCACCACAGGCUCAACGUUUGCCUUAUUUUUAUUACCCUACUACUUCUACUAAUCCUCCUCUCGACCCUUCUUCCUUUUCCACUUUUCCUCCCGCACCUACUAUUCAGCCUUCCACGCAUCCCUUUCCCUCUUCCACUGCUGGUUCAGAUUCACAGCAGACUACUCCACACCAUCCCACCACAGAAACAGAAGCUGGUGUGGUUACUUCAGAAACUACAAACCCAACUGCCUAAGACAAAGAACUCAUCUUCAACAUAUACAUGAUUCGAUUCCAGAGGAAAAAGAAGAAGGAAAGAAAGCUUAAUUAAUUUGUAAAAUCUCCAUAACUUUGUGGUCUCUUCAUCUCCUUUUAUCUCUCCUAUAAUAUUAAUGCAAGGCCACUAGAGAGUAUAUUGAUCUUCUCUCCCCAGCUACGCACGGCAACCGGAAUUGAUUUGGACUAAUCCACCAGCUUAUGAAGAUUAAUUUUUAUUUAAUUUUUCUCUAGGGGAAGAAAACAAGAUUCACUUAUUAUUUUCUUUUUUUUUUUCCAUUCGAGUUGAUCAUUCUUAUAAAGUAAAAAAGCUUAACAUCUUUUUACAAAAAUGUGUAUGAACAUAAGCAGGGAAGUACAGUCCCUCAAUAAGAAAUUUUGUUAAACCAUUCA